AUGGGCAUCGUCGCGGGCAUAUACGGCUUUUGCGUUGUAUUUUGGGGCGCUGCUAUCGUUUUGUUUCUCACAAAAAUCAUCAAUCUACAUAACGCAGACCGCCAAGGGUUUUGGGUAGAAGUUAGCUCUCAGGUUACAAAUGGUCUUUUCACUAUCACAGGCAUUGGCCUCAUUCCCUCGCGCGUCCUUGACACAUAUCGGGUAUAUUUUAUAUGGCAUUACAAACGCCGCUCACGGAAACUCCAUGAUUUACCUGAUCCUGCCUACGACCCAAAUUAUGUUCAUGUUCUAACGGAAAAAGAGCAAGACGACCUUGCAUCGACGUUGAAGCAAGUCAAGUUUCAGCAUCAUCAGACAUGGUACAGGCCUCAUGGAACUGCAACACAUCGAGCUUUUCCGAUCAAUACUGCUCUUUUAAUUUGCUUGUUCAAUGAUGGCAACUCCUUUUUCCAGAUUAUACUCUGCGGUUGUAUGUGGGGACUUAAUCGGUUUGAUCGCCCAGCAUGGACGACGGGAUCACUUAUUCCAGCAAGUUUCUUGUGUGGGAUCUUUUCGGCCGUCUUCAUUGCCCGAGGGAGCGCAAAGACGAAACGAAAGAGCGUGGUAGAGGACAGGCUACGGGCUGCAUUGGCUAUGCAAUAUCAUGACGAUGAGCCCCAUGCAGUGGAGCAUACACAGGGCGGCCAAACGGACUCCGUACAUUCUUCCAUGGAGCCGGAGAAAGACCCCCAGAGCCCAUGGAGCCCGUCAGGCCCUCCGGAUGUGAUUAUUGAAGAGGAAAUGACAAUUUCCGCUGCUGCUGCGGCUGCAGAGAAAAGAAAGAACAGCCUGCAGGCAUCAUAAAUUUAUGAAUGAAUGACUUAUUCCACUACUUUAGUUUCACGAUACAUGUUGUAACACUGCUAAUUUUUGAUACGGACACGUUGCUUCUGGAUGUCGAUUACCCUUUACUCUGGUGGUAAGCACUAGCACCCCGUCCGAGCUCGGAGGGCCGUGUUCGUAUUCUUAUAGUCUUCUGGUUCAUUCGAGUCGGGGCCGGAACGGAUGGCGGCUUAGCUGUUAAAGCCGGGGGAUGUACAUGUCUUCUCCGCGGAGAUGGCUCGUGUCAGUUUGUUAUUUAUUUAUUUUUCGCAUACAACGCGUCCAACUCA